AUGGAGUCUGAGCGACGCCAGGCCGCCCCCACUGCACCCAUCGCGGCUCGGAGGACGCAAACCAGCCCAACUAAACUGCUCCGUGCCUCCGCUGAGUUUCAUGGCGAGAGGACUGCUGCUGAGGCAGCAAAGAGGGGUGGAGCCCGGUCCCACAGCAGGCGCGGCACUUUAAUGCUUCAGUUGGAUGGUUUUCCUACUGGAGACGCUGUUAAGGCUGAUCGAUCGGCUGGCGGACUGACGAGAUCCAUGAUGGAAUUACAGACGCUACAGGAGGCCCUGAAGGUGGAGAUACAGAUCCAUCAGAAACUGGUGGCACAGAUGAAGCAGGACCCACAGAAUGCGGAUCUGAAGAAGCAGCUGCAUGAACUCCAGGCCAAGAUCACAGCACUCAGCGAGAAGCAGAAAAAGGUGGUGGAGCAGCUGAGGAAAGAGUUGUUGGUGAAGCAGGAGCCGGAGCCGAAGCUGCAGGUUCAGAGCGGGACCAUCACCGCCGAGGUCAAACCUGCCACCAUCCUGCAGACGGCCCAGGUCACCGCCGGGAUCACACAGACUCUGACGGUGACCCCGGUCCUGACUGCAAAGACUCUACCUCUGGUGCUCAAAGCGGCCACAGCAACGACUCUCACCGGGUCGGUCCUGUCCCAGCGGCCUGCCACUGUCGCCAUGGUAACUACAGCUAUCACCAAACCGGACACCCCCAUCAACCUGCAGGUGGCCAGCAAACUGACCAAUCAGAGCGGAGAGCCCGUUCGGCUGCUGACCAAGAACGCCAUGGUGGUAAGAGUUGUGGCGUCUCUCCUCUUUGUGAAACUGGCCUUUGAUGAAGUUUAG